ACUGGAUCUCUUAGACAUUGCAGGUGUCGAUGAGGACGAGCCGGUGAAUCUCUGGGACUUCAAAGAAUACCCGGAGAUGUGCGAGGUCUACAUGUCGACUCACGAUGGCGGAGAGUGCUACGCUUCGGUCGAAUGCGACGAAGACAACGGCGGGAAGAAAGAGUACAAAAACUUUCCCAACUGCCGUGUGGGCGGGCAUUCCAGGUUUGAGGACGACCGCAUCGGGCCGUUCAGUAUCGAGUUCUCCGAACGGGACGGAGAGGGACAGGGCGAGGGACUUACCACGCCGAACCUUCGGCUCAAGUACCUCAACGAGUGGGAGCCCAUCGCCGUCAACUCGGAAGCCCAGCGCCAAAGCACCGACGGCUCGGCCGGCGAAUACGGCAAGGCCUUCCUCUGCAAAUACGGCAACUACAAAGCCUCGAUAAUCGGCAGCCACAUCAGCAACCAACGCACCAAGAAGUACAGCUGCGGUGUGCCCCGCGCAGGCCUGCAGUCGGAAGAUGGGACGCUGGACUCCAACAUGCCCGAAGACAAGAAAGGGUACCGCUCCGGCACGUGCAGCUUCCACGUCAAGCAGUUCCAGAAACCGGAUCCGAGCAGGGAUGACUACGCGCUGGAGAUCUCGUCAGUCAAGGAUGCGAACGAGAAGAAGAUUGGGGGCAAGGGCAAGGCGGGCCCGGACGUCGUGCUCAAGACGAAGCUGCCCAAGACGAUCAGCUUCAAGACUGGCAACGUUGAUGCUGACCCGGUGAGCUUCCAGUACGGAGACGACAAGUGGACGUCGGACGACGAGGGUCGCUGCAGCGUGGGUAAGUACGACAGCGGGGAUCGAGAAAUGGACUGCACGUUCAAGUGCGACUAGAGGAUGCCGGACAUGCGCAGUGCGAUGGUCGCGACGGAUAAUGGCCAAGCUCUGGCCUUGAGAAGUGUCACCGCGAAUGUGUACGACCAGUGUAUUGUGGAC